CGGGCGGCGAAGGGCCGGGCACGUCGAGGGCUGCGGACGCCGCUCAGGGCGCUGCCGCGGGCUGUGCGGUCGCGGGCGAGGCAGAUCGCGCUGUCGGAGGGCGGAGCCUCAGGGCCUGCGAAGAUGCUGGCUGUCCCGGAGCUGGGCCUGCAGGGGCUGUACAUUGGCUCCAGCCCAGAACGGUCCCCCAUCCCCAGCCCACCCGGCUCCCCAAGGACCCAGGAAAGCUGUGGCAUUGCCCCCCUCACACCCUCGCAGUCUCCCAAGCCUGAGGCCCGAGCCCCCCAGCAGGCCUCCUUCUCUGUGGUGGUGGCCAUCGACUUCGGUACCACUUCCAGUGGCUAUGCCUUCAGCUUUUCCAGUGACCCUGAGGCCAUCCACAUGAUGAGGAAAUGGGAGGGCGGGGACCCCGGCGUGGCGCACCAGAAGACCCCCACCUGCCUCCUGCUGACCCCGGAGGGUGCCUUUCACAGCUUUGGCUACACUGCCCGUGAUUACUACCAUGAUCUAGACCCCGAGGAGGCUCGGGACUGGCUCUACUUCGAGAAGUUCAAGAUGAAGAUCCACAGCGCCACUGAUCUCACCUUGAAGACCCAGCUGGAGGCGGUAAAUGGAAAGAAAAUGCCUGCCCUGGAGGUGUUCGCCCAUGCCCUGCGCUUCUUCAAGGAGCAUGCUCUUCAGGAGCUGAGAGAGCAGUGCCCCUCGCUGCCGGAGAAGGAUACUGUGCGCUGGGUGCUGACGGUGCCCGCCAUCUGGAAACAGCCCGCCAAGCAGUUCAUGCGGGAGGCUGCCUACCUGGCGGGCCUGGUGUCCAGAGAGACUGCAGAGCAACUGCUCAUCGCCCUGGAGCCUGAGGCCGCCUCGGUCUACUGCCGCAAGCUGCGUCUGCACCAGCUCCUAGACCUGAGCUGCCGGGCCCCAGGCAGCGGGCGCCUGGGCGAGCGCCGCUCCAUCGACUCCAGCUUCCGACAAGCCCGCGAGCAGCUGCGAAGGUCCCGCCACAGCCGCACGUUCCUGGUGGAGUCGGGGGUCGGAGAGCUGUGGGCAGAGUUGCAAGCAGGAGACCGCUACGUGGUGGCAGACUGCGGAGGAGGCACGGUGGACCUGACGGUGCACCAGCUGGAGCAGCCCCAUGGCACCCUCAAGGAGCUCUACAAGGCGUCGGGUGGCCCCUAUGGCGCAGUGGGCGUGGACCUGGCCUUCGAGCAGCUGCUGGGUCGUAUCUUCGGCGUGGACUUCAUUGCCACCUUCAAAAGGCAACGGCCAGCAGCCUGGGUAGAUCUGACCAUCGCCUUCGAAGCCCGCAAACGCACAGCAGGCCCUCACCGUGCGGGGGCGCUCAACAUCUCACUGCCCUUCUCCUUCAUCGACUUCUACCGAAAGCAGCGAGGCCACAACGUGGAGACGGCCCUGCGCAGGAGCAGCGUGAACUUCGUGAAGUGGUCCUCACAGGGGAUGCUCAGGAUGUCUUGCGAAGCCAUGAACGAGCUCUUCCAGCCCACCGUCAGCGGGAUCAUCCAGCACAUAGAGGCGCUGCUGGCGCGGCCGGAGGUGCAGGGUGUGAAGCUGCUGUUCCUGGUGGGCGGCUUCGCCGAGUCAGCUGUGCUGCAGCACGCGGUGCAGGCGGCGCUGGGCCCCCGUGGCCUGCGCGUGGUGGUCCCGCACGACGUGGGCCUCACCAUCCUCAAGGGCGCCGUGCUGUUCGGGCAGGCGCCCGGGGUGGUGCGGGUGCGCCGCUCCCCGCUCACCUACGGCGUGGGCGUGCUCAACCGCUUCGUGGACGGGCGCCACCCGCCGGAAAAGCUGCUGGUCCGCGACGGCCGCCGCUGGUGCACCGACGUUUUCGAGCGCUUCGUGGCCGCGGAGCAGUCGGUGGCGCUGGGCGAGGAGGUGCGUCGCAGCUACUGCCCGGCGCGCCCCGGCCAGCGGCGCGUGCUCAUCAACCUGUACUGCUGCGCCGCCGAGGACGCGCGCUUCAUCACCGACCCGGGCGUGCGCAAGUGUGGCGCGCUCAACCUCGAGCUCGAACCCGCGCCCGCUGACGGCGGCCCCGACGCCGCCGGUGCGCCCCCCGGCCGCCGCGAGAUCCGUGCCGCCAUGCAGUUUGGCGACACCGAAAUUAAGGUCACCGCGGUCGACGUCAGCACCAAUCGCUCCGUGCGAGCCUCCAUUGACUUUCUUUCCAAUUGAAGGCGCCGGGGGCGCGCGGUCAGCCAGGCUCUGUCCGGCCCCGCCCACUUCCGGUCCGGGGCGCAGGGGACCCGGCCAGGGCGUACAAACAUCCCAGUUCUGGUAUCAGCGCUCCUUACCCCGCCCUCCUGCCGGGGGGGGGGGGGGGGGGGGGGCAUGAGGUCGCAGGAGGGUGGGUGGAGAAACAUCCAGAGGCUCUGGCUUUGGGAUUAGGCCCAGACUGACUGUAAGGCUGAAGGGCCCUGCCAAGGACUGGGGUCAAGGAGGCUUGAUCGGGACACCCACAGGGAACACGUGACUCCGAAGGCAGAAUGCUCCAGAUGACUGGAUCCUGGCCAGAACUGGGGGUGGGGGGUGGAUGCAGUUGGGAGGGAGAGGCCAGGCAAGGCCCAUAGCGGAGGGGCAGCAGGAGGAAGGGGCUUGGCUGGGACUGGGCGCAAUGCACCGAUCGGUGGGCUCAAGCCACACAGGGAGCAGGGCAGAGCAGCCCGGUACCACAGGAAAAUGACUGGAAGCUGACACAAGAGGGACAGGGGUAGUAGGGCCUUCCUGGGGUGGUGCUGACCACCCAGGUAUGACUGUUAAUUGUAGAAAGGGCAGUAGCAGGCUAAUGAGAAGCAUACAGGGUGAAGGCACUUGUGAGGGAAUGUGGGAAGCAUGCUGGGGGCAGGCUUUCCUUUGGGACAGAUGACCGCUCCAAGGGCAACCUGUGAAUGACCCACUUGAACCCUAUCCCAGCCACAAAAUGGGGGAGGGGCGUUAGGAGGACAAAGGGGACACUAAGGCCUGUCUCAGCUCUGCCAGACAACUCAAUGUGCCCUUAUGCCCGCCCAGGACAUGCAACAGCGCUACCUGCCCGAGGUGACAAUAAAGCAUUUAUGCUGGUACCUCACAAGAGGGAACCCCAGUUAUGUAGUAGAGGGGGCCUGUGUUCCAGAAAAAAGGGAGAAAGCUUUCAGCUGUGCAUGGGGCUGGGAACUGACCAGAAAGAGGAUGCUGAUGUCUCCUUGUCAAGUAUCCCAAACAGAACUCCUCUCUCUGGCCUGGGCAGAAGGGCCCUCCACAUCCGAACUCUCUUGGCAACUGUUCUCAGGCCUAAAAUGCCAUCACCUGUAGACAGCUCUUUGGGGACGAGGCACUGUAAUACCACACAGUCCCUUGCCUCCUAAGAGUAGGCGCUUAGCCAGAACUACCUUGGCCCAGAGUCUAAGGGAUUGGGCGUUCUCAGGACCCUGAAGAACAAACAUUCCACUGGUCUCUGGUAUCCACUGAAAGUUUUAUUUCUUUAGGAUUUCAUCCCAACCAUUGUUUAAAAACCAAGUGACAUACACCUGGGUGCAGGAGCUGGGAACUGCACCUCCCUCCACUCACCAUAGACAGCAGUGGGAGAGGGAGGAGGCAGGAGAGGUGGCUUACAUGAGACAGCAGCAGCAGUAAUGGAAAUGACAACAUCACAGCCAGCUCCCUCCUCUCCAGGCCCUGGCUGGAGCUCCUAUGGCUUGCAAGUGGGGAGGGAUAGGUAAAACCCACCCUAGGUCCUCCCCCUCCCCCACCCCUCCUCAGAUAGCCUCCUUGGGGGCUCAACCCAUUUCUUCCCGCAGGAGACUGAGGCACAUGGAGAGGAGGAAGUGGGAAGAGGAAGACACAGGAGAGGCAGGGAGGUGGCAUGAAUGAAGGCAGAGGUGAGGCGUGGGCAAGGCCCCAGCUUAGAGGCUCCUAGACACACCACCCCCAUGCCCAUCCUAGGGACAGAUGAGGAAGCCACACCAUCAUGCAGCAUUUGGGGAGAUGAGGUGGAGAUUAAGGCUGAGGGGCCCCAAGGUGGGCGGGGGCAUGGGCCUCAGUCGAAGCCGUGCCAGUCGCUGUGUUCCGAGUCGUAUUCUAGCUCAGCACCCACGCACUUGACUCCAUCCAGCAGCAUGGGUGUGCCAUGGUGCCGGUCUGCAAGGCAGGCUUCAAGUCAGCAUGCCAGGCUGGACCAUUGGCCCCACCCAUUCCAAGAGGACCCCCCACCUUCUCUCUGGGCUCUAUUGAGGGGAGGGGGGGUGGAGACACUCAACAAGGAAGCGGGGAACCCCAGCCAUGGCAAGGAUCCCUUUUUCAGACAGGAGGGAGGCAGAAUCCCCUUUUGGCCAAACAGGCGCUUCCCUCCCCUAGCCAGAUGCACACCCUGCGCUCUCACCCAUGACGCGGGCCUGCACCACCACUCGCACACAGGUGCCUGUGCCACCUUCACAGGCUAGCAGCAUCUCCUCCUUGAGGACGCCUUCCUUGUGCGCUGUGUACUCACACUUGACGCUGUAACCUGUCAGGGCAAUCAGCAACUCCAUGGCCUCCAGCCCCUGCCCCCAGCACUCAUUGGCCCCCUCCUCCAGAGGAGCAAGGAUAGUCUAGGACCUGUGCCCCUGAGGCUGGGGCACAGGCGUGAGAAAUUUCCCAUUCUUCAAUGAACUCUACAUGCCUCAGGCCUGUGGCCACCCCAUUAAGGCUCCAAGGAUCAAACUUAGGCUUCCAGGAGGAGGGACUGCUGAUUCCCCAAAAAGGCAGGCAGGGAGAGGGAGUGAUUGGAAAGUGGGGGUGGGCAGGCCAGGACUUGAGCAGAUUCGGUGGCAAGAGGCAAAGGCCUGAGGGAGUUUGCUCAAUCCACUUAAGGGUAAGGUCAUGAGGAGGUGGGGGGACAUGUGACUGAAGCUGGGGGCUUCUGCACAUAGUGAAACUGAUGCCCUAGCCCAGGAGUCCUCAAACUUUUUAAACAGGGGGCCAGUUCACUGUCCCUCAGACCGUUGGAGAGCCAGACUAUAGUUUAAAAAGAAACUAUGAACAAAUUCCUAUGCACACUGCACAUAUCUUAUUUUGAAGUAAAAAAACAAAAUGGGAACAAAUACAAUAUUUGUAUUUGCAUGUGGCCUGCGGGCCGGAGUUUGAGGACCCCUGCCCUAGCCUAUGGAGGGAGUGGGGGCUGAAGCUAGCAGGGUGGGGAGAGGCAGCCCCCAGCCCAAAGCCCAUGUGGGGGCUAGGAGGGAGCCUUGAAGUUCCUAAGGCUCCAGCAGGUUACUCUUGAGGGACAUGAAGGAGGGAGGUCUGAAGGUCCAGAGCCAGUUCUUCAGUGGCUCCCAUCAUCCCAGUGAGUGAACUAUCAGGCAGUGGGGCAGACAUAGGCCAACAGUGUGAGCCCAUGGGCUUCUGUCCAGGGAGUGAGGCCUGGGGCAAGGGACCUGCCAAGUUGCCACACUGUAAGCCCAUAUAGAAGGCGCCAUGUUCCCAGCUGCUGAGUUGCCUGUCCCCACUACGUGGGGGGGAAAGAGCAUCCCAUGUUCUCACUCCCAUUCACACCCAGGACCUGCUGGAGGAAGGCAAGCCUCCAGCACCCUGAGCAGAGGACGCACCUUCUGGGACAGGCAUGAUGCUGAGGAGCUUGAGGUGCAGGCUGGGCACAGGUGCCUCUCGGACGUCCUUGCUCAGCCUUUGCACCGAGGGCAGAGUGAAGGUGAUCUCAUACCUGUGCAGGAUCUUCAGGAAGCCAACCUGCAGCAGGAAGGGUGGAGGAAGGAAGCACCUUCACUUACAGCCUCCCCCAGGGCCCAUGCCAUCUAUGAUCCUGUGGGCCUUUGCACCUGUUUCCUUGGGGAUCCUAGAGGGUUUAUCUGCCCCCCCCCCCCACUCCAGCUGGUCCACACCCCAAGUCUGGUGACUCCAGGUCUUUCCCCGAGGACCUCACCUCACAGCUGGGCCACACACUCCUCAGCAUCUGUCUCAUGGGCCCCACAGCUCCUCCAUGGCCCAUUUUAUAGACAAGGAAAUGGAUGCUGGGAAAUGACAGGCUACAGGCCUCUUGGCCACACUUACCAUGAGUAGCACAGAGCAAGGUACCAGCCACUGCCCAGAAGGGGCCAUCCCCCUGCCCCAUCACUACUAUCACCUGCCCAGAGCCAACAGCCCUGGGUCAGGGACACUGGUCCUCCAGUCACUCACGUGGAGGCAUGAGGCAACAUAAAUUGCACAGAAUGAAGGCUGGCUUAGAAUUAGAAACUGACAUGAGACCAGCUGUCAGUCCAGAGCUGGCCCACAGACCUGGCACCAGCCAUUGAACCCAGGCUCCUGCCUGCCUGCUGGCAUCUAAACAUGGAUGCCUGCCUGCCCACUCAAAGGCUCACUGUGUCCAACAGGCCCGACUCAGGGUCCAAGCAAUUUCUGUUGUUCAUACAGUGCUUGGCAACCGAUGCCCUCUGGGAUAGACGCCAUCCUUGGAAACUCCAGUCGUAUGAAGGGUCACAAGCCAAGGUGGCUGCUGAGCAGGCAGGCUGACCGAGUGCCAGUCCAGGAGGCACAGAGGUGCAUGCUGUACCCACAGCUCACAUGCACACAAACUCUUCUGUUCAUGCUUUCAGGGGCCGGAGGGCCCUGUCCCUGGGGGCCCGUUGGGGUUGGCCGCAUGGAACAUUUAGCCUUUCAGUGGGAUCAGGCUGAUGCCAGUGCAUGAUAAAGCUCAGUCCGUGUGGCUCCCACACUCUGCAGGUGGAGGACACACUUCUCCAGAGAGCUUUCUGGCUGGGCCUGCCAAGGAUGGCCCUGUGAUGCAGCUGCACCACUUGCAGAAUUUUCCAGGGGAAACACUCAAAGAUGUGCAAAAAAAUACUCAUCACUGCCCUCUAUCUAACAGUAAGAAAUAGAAACAGCAGUAACACCAGGAAUAGGGAGGCAGCUAAAUCAACGAUGAUACAUAUAAUGGAAUACAGUUGUAGAAUCUAGUGGAAAAUGAUUUACUGAUAGAGGCAGGAGACGGUUCACAACAGAAGCAAGCAAAAAACAGUGUUACACUGUGAUACCAGCUUUUUGUUUAUGGAAACAAAGCUAUAAAAAAAAAAAACUAGAAUGACACACAUCAAAAUAUUAA